CUUCACGACUAUAACAAUACGUCUUCAUGAUGCAGGAAUCCUCCACGUUCCUCUCUUCGUUCGUGUUUCUCCUUGCUUGCAUUCCCGGUAUGACCGGGCAGAACCCGUGUCCCGAUCCCGGCGAUAUCUCCCCCUGCACUUGUGACGGAACAAGCGCGGACUUUGUCACCGUGGAUUGCUCCGAUGCCACGUCGGGCGACCAGAUUUUCUCCGCCUUCAAUGACGUUGAUUGGCCUUUCAAAAAUCUUGGAAACUUCGCACUGUGGGGCAACAGGGCGGUCGAGGAUAUGCCCGAAGGAAUGUUCGGUGAAGUUUCCUUCCGGAGUAUAGGCAUCUCGAAUACCUCCAUCAAGACCAUCCAUCCCUCGAGCCUGCUCCCCUCGAAGGACAGGCUCGAGUUGCUGACCGUCACUCGGAACCCCAUGGAGGAUUUUCCCUGGGAGGCCCUGACCCACUUCGCCCGUCUCGGCGAGCUUCGAUUCUGGGAGAAUGCGUUUACCACGUUGAGACCUUUCGAGAGCUCGAGUCUCGGGGAAGUGGACCUGACUGCUAAUCAGAUCAAGACUCUGGAAGCCGGGUCGUUUGCGCCGAACCUGUUUCGUUUGAUCCUGGGUUUCCCGACAAAUGCAUAUAUAAAUCUUAUAGCGAACGACAUCGGCAACAUAAGUGAAGAGUCGUUCCGACCCAUAGUGGAGGUCCUGUCGUUGGGGGGAGGGAGUAUCGGAUUGGCGGGCAACCCCGUCGUGUGCGACUGCAGCAUGGCCUGGCUUGCUCUGAAUCCGGGCUUCUUGGAGAGCGUGUCGGGUCGCUGCGUCGAUGGGACGCUCUUCUCAGACUUGGUUCCAGAGGACUUUCAAGACUGCGUCAUCUUUGAUCAAUGA